AUGAAAUUAAAAAAAUAAAUCUAAUUUUUAAUUUAAUUAAAAAAUAAAUCAAAAAAAUUAAAUAAAAUGAUGUAAAUUAAUGCAUAACUAACUGAGUAAUAAAAGUAAGAAUUACGCUUCUAUCAAAAAAUGAUGCAUUAUUUAAAUGUUUAAGAAGACAUAUUCUUUACAGACCAAAACAAACUAAAUUUUGAGAUAAAAUAAUAAAGAAAAUAAACUUUUACCUAAUUGAUUAAGUCAACAGAUGAUCCUAUAAAUUUAACUCUUCACUUUUUUUAAAAGAAAAAGAAUUAUAUUUUUAUAUAAAAUGAAAAAGAUAGUAAGCUAUAAAUUAAUCAAUUUGAUUAAAUUAUUAAUGACAAUAGAUUAUUUAGUGCUAUGUACUUUCUUAAUCUUUUCUAAAAUCCUACACAUCAUGUUUUACAUUCAGUGUACUUAAAAUUAUGCAAUCAUUAUAUGAGGGUUCUAAAAUUAAAUAAAAUUGUAGGAGAUCCUAAAAAUAUUAAAUGGAGAGAAUAUAAGACAAACUGGGGUUAAGCAACUUUAUAUUAAAAGUGCUUUUAAUAUUGUCCAGCUAAUUGUGAAUAAAAUUGCAAUUAGUGUGUUUAUUUUUUCUAAGAAUAUCAAUUAAAUAACACUUUUUUACCUAAAAAUAUUUAUUAAAACCCUCAAUACAUAUUUAGUGAUAUUUAGUAUUGGUUUGCUCAGAAAUUUGAUUGUUUAUUACAGCCUAUAAAAUUUUUACAGAAAUACUAAAUACCCAUUGCUACAAAGGAUUUCUUAAAAUAAUACGAUAGCGGUAAUCCAUGCAGAGCACUUUUUAGUACUACCGAAGAUAUAAAUACAUUUAAAUUUAUUUCAAUUUAAGUACAGCUUCAAAAUAAUUAGAAAAUAAAGAAUUUAAAAUCUUAUAAAUUUUGCUUAGAAAGAUAUGCCUGA